UCUUUGCUUUUUCUUUCUUUAAAUUUUGUUUUUAUGGGUUCCGAUAUUAAUUCAACAAGUCAUCUUUUUUCUUUCCUAUCUCUUCGUCUUCUUCCUUGUGUUUCAUCUCAUUUCUUUUAUAUACGCGUAUGUGAUGUGAAGUGACACGGAUAUCUCAUACUCUGGGCUCUCUGCCUCUGUUCCAUAUCUUCUUUCUCCGCAUUUCUUUCCCUGUAGCCUGCAGGCAGAGAGCGGGAGACAAAUCUUGGGCUAUUGGGUCUUCCCUGUUUGUCAGAUAUCGAGUGCCACAGAUAGGUAAUAAAAUUUGGGACCAUGAAGCAUAACGAUGGGAAACCCACAUCUCAACCAGAAAAAGGUUCCAGUGUAGUCGCCAUGGCACUAUUGUUUGUUGUGCUAUGCAGUCUUUCAUUCUAUCUUGGUGGAAUCUUCUGCUCUCAGGGGUGGAGAUAUGUAAAUAUGGAUCUUGCUAAGGCCCUUGGGUAUCCCAAGGAACCUGCUGUUUGCCCACUGCAAAUAAACGCCACUUCCUUUGCAGAAUGCAGUCCUGACUUGCAGGACUACACUCCAUGCACAGAUCCAAAGAGGUGGAAAAGGUAUCGCGGUCAUCGAUUAUCUUUCUUGGAACGCCACUGCCCUCCAAUAUUUGAAAGAAAAGAAUGCUUGAUCCCUCCUCCAGAAGGCUAUAAAUUGUCAAUCAGAUGGCCAAAUAGUAAAAAUGAAUGUUGGUACAGGAAUGUUCCAUUUGAUUGGAUUAAUAAGCAAAAAUCAAAUCAGCAUUGGCUGAGGAAAGAAGGUGAAAAGUUUUUUUUUCCUGGGGGAGGUACUAUGUUUCCAAAUGGUGUUAGCCAUUAUGUUGAUGUGAUGCAAAAUCUGAUUCCGGCUAUGAAAGAUGGGACAAUUAGGACUGCCAUUGAUACCGGAUGUGGGGUUGCCAGCUGGGGAGGGGAUUUGCUAGAUCGUGGGAUCCUAACAGUUUCUCUUGCACCAAGAGAUAAUCACCAGGCUCAAGUUCAGUUUGCAUUGGAACGUGGAAUACCUGCCAUCUUGGGGAUUCUUUCAACACAACGUCUUCCUUUCCCUUCAAGUUCUUUUGAUAUUGCGCAUUGCUCAAGAUGCCUGAUUCCAUGGACUGAAUUUGGUGGACUUUACCUUUUUGAGAUACAUCGUAUACUGCGCCCUGGAGGUUUCUGGGUCCUCUCUGGUCCUCCUGUUAACUAUGAGCGUCGUUGGAGAGGAUGGAACUCCACUAUUGAGGAGCAGAAAUCAGAUUACGAGAAACUGCAAGCAUUGUUAACUUCAAUAUGUUUCAAGCCAUACAACAAAAAGGGUGACAUUGCUGUGUGGCAGAAAUCAUCUGACAACAGUUGCUAUAAGAAGUUUGAUAACCCGGGUACCUACCCUCCGGAAUGCGAUGAUGGCACUGAACCGGAUUCCGCAUGGUACACGCCACUUCGGCCCUGUGUUGUUGUACCAAACCAAAAGUCCAAUAAAGUAGCGUCAUUAGAAUCCCUCCCGAAAUGGCCACAGAGGUUGCAUACUCCUCCAGACCGUAUUUCUAAUGUUCAUGGAGGGCGUGGUAGCGCGUUUAAACGUGACGAUAGCAAAUGGAAGACCCGAGUGAAGCACUACAAGAAGUUGCUUCCCGCACUUGGAACCGAUGAAAUACGAAACGUGAUGGACAUGAACACAGCGUUUGGAGGUCUCGCUGCUGCUCUCAUUGAUGAUCCCCUCUGGGUAAUGAACGUGGUUUCUUCUUACAGUGUAAAUACACUUCCAGUGGUGUAUGACCGAGGUCUUAUUGGGACACACCAUGACUGGUGUGAGGCUUUCUCCACAUAUCCUAGAACUUACGAUCUUCUUCACCUAGAUGGCCUGUUUACUGCUGAGAGUCACAGAUGUGAAAUGAAGUAUGUUCUUCUAGAAAUGGAUCGCCUUUUGCGACCAAGUAAGUAUGCAAUAAUUCAAGAAUCCAGCUUCUACAUAGACGCUAUUGCGACCAUAGCCAAGGGGAUGAGAUGGGACUGUCGCAAAGAAGACACAGAGAAGGGUGUAGAGAAGGAAAAGAUAUUGAUUUGCCAGAAGAAACUGUGGUAUUCUUCUAAGAAGCAGAGUUAACCUUGUAAGGGUCAAAAGAUAGCAGAGCAUAGCUAGGAAAAUUGUUAGUCCUACACUGCUCAUACAGAAAUUUCUUGAUCUCUACAUAUAAUUGGAAUUCAAGAAAUUAGCUUUACUUAGUAUAAUGAUAUGUUUAGGUAAUCUCUGGUUAUGCUAUGAUGAUGGUAUUGGGCUGUGGCCACUGUUUUUUAUAAUGUAUGUAAGUAGUUUGUUUCUAUGGUUUUAAUGAAUGGAAAUUUGCUACUUCAUAGUUUGCCA